CACUUCAUCACUGAGAUGGCUGGAAGUAUUGGAAAACUACCAGCCACCCCGCCAUUCCAAUUUAUCAUAUUAACGCGACUGCCGCACCACUAUGUCGACCUUCAUCAGCGACGCCCAGGCUAGUCAGUCACGUGCGAUUUCGCUGAGAUGGCCAGCCUACCCUGUCUUUUCUUCUUGCUCCUUUCGCUAUGUACUUUCACUUUCCAAGCCGUCAUACCAGCUUCUCCUCCGGACCAAGUUCGCGAUACGGGUCCCUCGGAUGGAUGGUCUAAGGAGGCAUUGAUUACCCUUGUCGGUGUUCCUGUGGCGGUAUUUGGGAUACUCAUUGCUCUUGCUUCGCCCCUUCUUCAUCAGUGUAUCCGUCGAAAGUUCAACUCCUGGCUUCCACGCACUCAGCACGCAUCACGACCGCAACUGCAAGAGGAGUAUAACGAGUGGUUGGAGUUCAAUCGAUGGCGUGACAUAAGGCAUGAAGCAACAGUGUCAUGACUCCAGACCAU